AUGGCUGAGUUCUUACUACCUGGUACCAACAACUUUCGUAAGUUCACUUCCGAAUCCUUGGCUGCCAUCAAGAAGAGGAUUGCUGCUAAGAAGAGUUGUCGAAGAAAUACUAUAGACCAGAAACCUGAGGAGAAACCACGUCCUCAACUUGACCUAAAAGCUUUCCAGAAGUUACCAGCUCUUUAUGGAAAUCCUCCUCCAGAGCUCAUUGGAGAGCCAUUGGAGGAUCUUGACCCUUAUUACAAAGAUCGUAAGAUCUUCAUAGUGCUAAACAAGCAGAAAACAAUCUUCAGAUUUACUGCUACAAGUGCCUUGUGGAUCCUCAGUCCUUUCCAUCCAAUUCGAAGAACAGCAAUUAAAAUUUUAGUACAUUCAUUAUUCACCUUGUUUAUCAUGUGCACUAUUUUAACUAAUUGUGUAUUCAUGGCUCUGACUGAGUCCUCUAAAGCUUCUCUAUCUCCUUCAUGGAACAAGUAUGUUGAAUUUACUUUCACUGGCAUUUACACUUUUGAAUCAUUGAUAAAAAUAUUGGCAAGAGGAUUCUGUCUAAAUGAAUUCACUUUCCUUCGAGAUCCCUGGAACUGGUUGGAUUUCAGUGUUAUUGUCAUGGCGUACGUGGGAGCAUUUAGUAACUUGGGGAGUGUGUCAGUUCUUCGGACUUUCAGGGUUCUGAGAGCUUUAAAAACCAUUUCAGUAGUUCCAGGACUCAAGAUCAUUGUGGGGGCACUUAUUCAGUCUGUUAAGAAACUUUCCAAUGUGAUGAUCCUGACUGUUUUCUGCCUGAGUGUCUUUGCUCUCAUUGGCCUCCAGCUUUUUAAGGGCAAUCUGAGACAAAAGUGUAUCAGGAACUCUACAGAGUUCAGUAAAUUACCUUAUGUCCUUAACAGAACAUGGGAAUCCUAUGAAAUGUUUGCUAAUGACACAGCAUAUUUUGCUAAGAAAGAGGGCACCUCAGAUAUUUUGCUAUGUGGCCCUGGUGCUGGGGUCUGUCCUCCAGACUAUAUAUGCUUGAAAAUUGGGCCAAAUCCUGAUUAUGGUUUCACUAGUUUUGAUUCCUUUGGCUGGGCUUUUCUUUCUUUGUUCCGCCUGAUGACCCAAGACUACUGGGAGCGUCUGUACCAGCAGACCCUCAGAGCUUCUGGGAAGGUGUAUAUACUCUUCUUCAUGCUGGUCAUCUUUCUGGGCUCAUUUUAUCUAGUCAACUUGAUUCUGGCAGUAGUAACAAUGGCAUAUGAAGAGCAGAACAAGGCCACCAUUGCUGAAACGGAGGCAAAGGAAAGGAAAUUUCGUGAAGCCAUGGAAUUAUUACAGAAGGAGCAGGAGUCAUUGGCUAUUAAAGGAAUUGAUGUCCUGUCAGUUAGCUCCUUUGAAGCCUCUUCUUUGUCUCCCAAAGAAAUCAAAGAAAGAAGCAAUAGGAAAAAGAGAAAUCGGUCCUUGGGGAUAGAAGAAAAUGAAGAACAAUUCCCCAAGUCACAGUCCACGGAUAGUCAACGCAAGUUGUCUUUCCUUGGACUGAUGUAUGGUCCCAAUGCAAAUCAGGCGAAACGCAGGCUUAGCCAUGGGAGCGUGUUCAAUUUCCAAAUACCUGCUUUAGAAGUUGAUUCCAGAACGGAUUUCAGUGGUGAGGAAAACUGCAGUGCUGGGGAACAAAAAAUCCAGCGUCGGUCGCUGUCGGUCACGCAGAUGGGAAGACGAUCCAGUGUGCAAAGUCAAAUAAGCCAAAGCUCUCACCCUGCUACGCCAAACUGCGUGCACAGCAGCAAGUGGGCUAACAUGGAUGACUGCAAUGGUGUGAUUUCAAUGAUGGGAGGAGGAGGCAGCAAGGUGCACAGCCUAGAUCCAGUGUCUUCCGAAGGAGUAAUGCUUCCACCUGUAAUGGAAGACCCAGGAAAAGGGAAUCUGCCAGCUGUAAAUGAUGAGAGCAGCAUGAUGCAUUUGCCUCCUCAUCUGUCAGUGGAGUACUUUAACGAGGCACUUCAGAGACAAAGGGCAGCAAGUGCAGUUAGCAUAAUUACCAGUGUCUUGGAGGAACUUGAAGAAUCUCAGCGGAGAUGCCCACCCUGCCUGAAUAAUUUUGCUUUAAAGUAUCUAAUUUGGGACUGUUGCCCACUUUGGGUGAGAAUCAAGACAAAAGUGGCUGCUUUCAUAAAGGAUCCCUUUAUUGAUCUCACCAUCACUGUUUGCAUUGUGAUGAACACUUUGUUCAUGGCACUGGAGCACAAUAAUAUGUCAGAUAAUUUUAAAUCAAUGCUAAAUGUAGGCAACUUGGUUUUUACUGGAAUCUUCACUGCAGAAAUGAUUUUAAAAAUCAUUGCUUUAGAUCCAUAUUACUACUUUCAACAGCCCUGGAAUAUUUUUGACGGUAUAAUCGUCACAUUGAGUUUAAUUGAACUGAGUUUACCCAAGCAAAGAAGCAAGAAAGAAAGGCGAAAAGGAGGAACCCUGUCAGUUUUAAGAUCCUUCAGACUGCUGAGGGUCUUCAAACUGGCAAAGUCCUGGCCAACCUUAAACACUCUAAUUAAAAUAAUUGGUAACUCCCUGGGAGCACUGAGUAAUCUGACCCUCGUCCUGGCAAUCAUCGUUUUCAUUUUUGCUAUAGUAGGGGUGCAACUUUUUGGGAGAAGCUAUCUGGAGAACAGCCAUAAAAUAAACAAAUAUGGCAAGCCACGCUGGCACAUGAUGGACUUUUUCCACUCAUUCCUCGUCGUUUUCCGAAUUCUGUGUGGAGAAUGGAUUGAGACCAUGUGGGACUGCAUGGUGGUUGCUGAGCCACCACUGUGCCUUCUUGUCUUUUUGCUGGUCAUGGUGAUAGGAAAUUUAGUGGUUCUCAACCUUUUCAUUGCACUACUGCUGAAUUCCUUUAGUGCUGACUGUCUUCAGACAGCAGAGGAUGAUGGAGAAAUGAACAACCUUCGUAUUGCCUUUGCUCGGAUUCACAAGGGAUUUCACUUUGUGAAGAGUGUUACAUGGGAUACUUUUUGUGGAAAGCUCAAGCAUAUAAAGAAAGCUCACAGGAAGAAAAUCAAACUGACUGCACAGAACAAACUUGGGUUCAAGUGUGAAGAAAUAAAAAAUUGUAAAGAGAAUUACAAUAAUGAAUGGGCUGAGAAAAAUGGGGACAAAUGCUUAGCUCUUGAAGAUUUUAUUACCAAUCCCAAUGUAUUUGUUUGCGUCCCUAUUGCUGAGGCAGAGAAUACAAGUGAGGAUUUUGAAGAUGAUGAUAAGCUGAGCACAUUUACAGACACAGAAUACAGCAAACAGUUUAACAGUGUCAGCUCUUCUGAAGGAAGCACAGUGGAUCUGACAAAUCGUGAAGAUGUUUUGAAACAGAUUCCAGAGUUUGCUGAAGACUUCAAGACUCCAGAAGACUGUUUUCCUGAAGGUUGUGUUCGAUACUUUCGUUGUUAUGUGGGCAGUAACAUAAAGUCUGGAAGAGAAACAUGGUGGAAUCUCAGAAAAACCUGCUACCAGAUUGUUGAACAUUCCUGGUUUGAAUCUUUUAUCAUAUUCAUGAUUCUUUUGAGCAGUGGAGCCCUGGCAUUUGAAGACAUACAUAUAAAUGAGAGAAAAAGCAUUAAAACUAUGUUGUCAUUUCUUGACAAAAUAUUCACUUUCAUCUUUUUUCUGGAGAUGCUUCUGAAAUGGGUGGCUUAUGGCUUCAAGAAGUAUUUCACCAAUGCCUGGUGUUGGCUGGACUUCCUUAUUGUAGGAGUAAGUUCUGUCUCUGGUGUUUCGACAGAGGUUGUGAUCAGCUCAUUAGGCCCUAUGAAAUCUCUUAGGACUCUCAGAGCUCUGAGACCCUUAAGAGCAUUAUCUCGAUUUGAAGGCAUGAGGGUGGUUGUCAAUGCCCUCUUGGGAGCUAUCCCUUCCAUCAUGAAUGUUCUGCUUGUCUGCCUCAUCUUCUGGCUCAUCUUCAGCAUCAUGGGAGUGACCCUUUUUGCUGGGAAGUUUGGGAAAUGUGUCAAUCUGACAGAAGAAGAUUCAGAAUUAAAUAAUUCAAUCAAUGACAUAACAGAUUGUAGAAUGUAUAAUAACACAGGAAAAAUAUUCUGGGUCAAUGUUAAAGUCAACUUUGAUGAUGUUGGCUCUGGCUACCUGGCUCUUCUUCAGGUGGCAACAUUUAAAGGUUGGAUGGAAAUCAUGUAUGCAGCAGUAGAUUCACGAGAGAAAAACGAACAGCCAAAAAUGGAGCACAGUCUAUUUAUGUAUCUCUACUUUGUGAUCUUUAUUAUCUUUGGAUCUUUUUUUACCCUGAAUCUCUUUGUGGGUGUUAUUAUUGACAACUUCAACCAACAAAAAAAAAAGAUAAGUGGGGAAGAUAUCUUUAUGACAGAAGAACAGAAAAAAUAUUACAAUGCAAUGAAAAAGCUGGGAUCCAAGAAACCACAAAAACCCAUUCCAAGACCACUGAACAGGUACCAAGGUUUCCUGUUUGACAUUGUAACACGUCAAGCCUUUGAUGUUGUCAUCAUGAUUCUUAUCUGCCUUAACAUGAUCACCAUGAUGGUGGAAACCUAUGAGCAAAGUGAAGUAAAGACUAACAUCCUUAACAAAAUCAAUAUACUCUUCGUUGCCAUUUUUACUGCAGAAUGUGUGCUGAAAUUGGUGGCUCUGAGGCAGUACUAUUUCUCAAAUGCCUGGAACAUAUUUGAUUUAGUUGUUGUGAUCAUGUCACUUGUUGCCUUACUGCUUUCUGGCAUUGGCAAAGCAUUUGAACAUUUCUUACCACCUACACUCUUCAGGGUCAUUCGCUUGGCUCGCAUUGGACGAAUACUGAGACUUAUCCGGGCUGCCAAAGGAAUUCGAACACUGCUCUUUGCAUUAAUGAUGUCUCUACCUGCUCUAUUCAACAUCGGCCUCUUGCUUUUUCUGGUCAUGUUUAUUUAUGCCAUUUUUGGCAUGGCUAACUUUGCCUAUGUGAAGAUGGAAGACGGCAUUGAUGAUAUAUUCAACUUCCAAACUUUCGCUAACAGCAUGCUUUGUCUCUUCCAAAUUACCACGUCAGCUGGUUGGGAUGGUCUUCUUAGUCCUAUUUUAAACACUGGGCCACCAUUCUGUGAUCCAAAUAUAAAUGGUACUAUAGGUGAAUGUGGUAAACCUGCCAUAGGUAUUAUUUAUUUUGUAAGUUACAUCAUUGUAUCAUUUCUUAUUGUUGUAAACAUGUAUAUAGCUGUUAUUCUGGAGAACUUCAAUGCUGCUACAGAGGAAAGUACAGAGCCUUUAGGGGAAGAUGACUUUGACAUCUUUUAUGAAAUCUGGGAGAAGUUUGAUCCUGAGGCAACUCAGUUUAUAACUUUCUCUGCUCUUUCAGACUUUGCAGACGCUCUGGCUGAACCUUUACGGGUACCAAAGCCAAAUAAAGUUGAACUCAUAGCAAUGGAUCUGCCUAUGGUCAGUGGAGACAGGAUCCACUGCUUGGACAUUUUGUUUGCUUUUACUAAACGAGUGUUAGGAGAUUCUGGGGAGCUGGAUACUCUAAAAGUACAAAUGGAAGAGAAGUUCAUGUCUGCCAAUCCAUCAAAAAAAUCCUAUGAACCAAUCUCUACUACGCUCAGACAUAGACAAGAGGAAGCAUCUGCCACUGUCAUCCAGCGUGCCUACAGGAGUCAUUUGCUCCUGCGCUCUAUAAAGCAGGCUUCUUAUCUAGACCAUCUCAGAACUUGCAGUAUUGAUACUCUCGGAGAUGUUGCUCCAGAAAAAGAAGGACUUAUUGCAUGUAUGACGGGUGAAAACUAUGGUAAGAGUCCUGACAAGUCUGAAACUUUGUCCUCAGCAUCCUUCCCUCCAUCAUAUGACAGUGUCACAAGAGCCAAUAGUAGCAAUCUCGUGGUUGAGAAUGGAGAAAUUACAGGUAAUGAACAAUCUCUAGACAUUAAAUAGUUCAUCAGUGACUAUGUUACUAAGAAUAUUUUAAAAUGUUCACAGAGGCUGAUACUGUAAAUACUUGUCAGCUGAGGCAGUCUCCCUGAUAAACAAAGUCUUUUGAUCGUGAUUGAUUAACUAGGGUAGCAGAUAAAUUGUAGCCUUUGGCUGUGCUGUGUUCAGCUUUGCUCUGUGUUUACAUAUGUAGAGAAAGGUUUUGGAUCUGUUUGGUGGAGGGCACGCAACUGCAAAGCAGGUCACACAGUGCCUGAGUGCUGUGGUGGAUUCACAUCU